UCUGCUCAGCCCAUCACAAAGACAAGUUUUCAAGUGAUGGACACUUCCCUGGGGAUGGACACUUCCCUGGGAUUGCAACUUGCAGGCCAAACAUUUUAUCGACCACAAACUGCAGAAUUCCCCAAGUCCUGCAGUAGCACACAUAUCCAGAUACUUGAGAGCAACCCACCCCCUGAGCUUGGGGAUACUUCAGUGGCAGCUCCAGUCCAGAGUCCUGGUAAUCUCCUGCCACUGCCACCAGCUCCAAGCCAGGAACAGAAGGAGAAUCAGAAUGGGCAGGGUAUUAACACCGAGCUUUCAAAGCCCUUGGAUGCCGACAAGGCCCCAGCAGAAAAGCAAGAUCUUCCACUGCUCCCUUUAGAAACCCCUGACAUUCACCAGGCCCUGGCCUGCACUGAUCCCCUUGGCCAAGAGGAGCAGCCUGAUUGUGAGAAAGCUGGUCUGGGACAUCCUAGCCUGAGUCUUAAGGACCAAGGGACACUUGAAAAGGAGACUGAUUCAAAUGAGAGUUUUGCAGACAUUGCUACCCUGGUGGAGGUUAUUCGCCUCCCACAGGUUUUAAAUUCCCUGGAGGACCUUGAUCAACCCAAAGGUCCCAAGGUGAUCAAAACCAAAGAUACCAGAGCCAUCAAAUUGAAUGAGGUGCAGAAAAAGCCAAGUGUCAUCAGGGCUCCCUCAGAUAAAGCCGGAAAGAGCAAACAUAGAGCCUCUGAGUCUGUCAGUGAUGCUCCCAGGGCUAAGACCAAGCUCGAGAGCCCAGACUGUGUGUUUGUGAGAGAAGUGGCUGCUUGCGAUCCUGUAGCUGCUGACAGGGCUUCUUUGAACAGGGCCAAGCAUUCUGACAGCAAGCCUCAGAAAACUGCACCCAACAGGCCCAGCAAAACCAAGGGCCAUGGGCAGGAAAAUACCAAGACAACCAAGGGAAACAUCUCCAAGAGGGGUGAAGAGAGGAAGCAGCCAGGGAACAAAGUUAAGGCUGAAGGGAAGACAACCAUCCCCAAGAGGAAGCAAAGGCAACCUGAGCUGACUCAGGAGAACUUCAAGAAGCCCCGGAGCUCCCUAGGUAGGCACAUGCUCGAGUCUGUGCAGGUUUUCCAUGCACUGGGGAAGAAGAGCGACAAGAAAACUGAGCUCUCUUCCUCUCGGGCUCUGGGGAACUCAAGCAACCCCAAAGGCCCCCAACUACGCCCAGCCCUCAAAAGGUGGCUGGAUAGCCAAGGCGAGGGCAAAGGUCCAGAGAAAACGCAGGUCAAACGCCAGAAACCAGAUGGCAGUGCUGAAAAAGAGUCAUCUCCAUCUCAGUACAAGCUGCCAUCUCCUGGGAAGGUCAAGUUGGUGCCAUUGCUUUUUCCAACUGUGGACAAGCCUCACGCUCGACCUGUUCCUCGCAGGCCACAGUCUCUGGCACCAUGUCGUCCUGCUGUGGCCAACCCUGCCAGGCCUGGUGCAGUCCUUUCAUCCCGGCCAACCCCUGCAUCUUUGACAGGUCCUGCCCGACCAGCUCGUCCAGAUUUGACCAACGGGGCCCCACCAGGUUUGGCCAACCCUGCCCGGCCUCGUGUCCCUCAGCCUGCUGCCGCUGGGCCUGCGCCCUCCAAAACAUCAUCUGGCCCUUCUUUCCAUCGGGAGCCCGUUCGCACUGCUGUCACCCAGCUCCGGGCCCCGCUCAAGCCUCAGAACCGGUAUCUGCUCCAGGAUUUCGCCCUCCAACCAAUUCCGUGGAGGAGAGCAGAGGUUCUUGGGCCGGUAGUGUCAACGCCCAUCACAAAUGAGCAGAGGCCAGAGCGGGAGGCCAUGAGGAGGAAGGCUCAGCUAGAGCGGGAGAGGGCCGCCAAGGGCUGUGCGGGGCAAGCGCAGCAUUUCAGCGCCCGAGAGAAGGAAAUGGAAAUUUCCCUGAACUAUGGCUAUGCGAUGUAG